AUGACCUUUACAUACAUAAGGCUCUUCAAUAGACUCCUCUUCACACGUAAAACCCAUGCAAGCGUUUCAAAUGGAUUUGUACCUCUAUAUAACCAACAUGUUGUAUAUAAGGAUGUUGAAAACACAAAUACUUUGUAUAAAGAUCUAAAUGUUGCUAAAACAAAUGUAAAGGAACAAAUCGCAUACGAAUUCAGACAAGAUAGGCAGUGCCUACGUCCAAGCGCACAUUUACUGGGAAAUACUCCAUAUAUCGAUGUUUCAAACUCACAAAACUGGAAGAGAAAGGUGCGACAAUCGAAGAAUGUCAGUGGAAAUUUCACAGACAGUCACCAAUGGUCUGGCCAUCUAGAAUGCAAUAUACACACAUAUUUUCAACACGAAAAAAUCAUAAAACCUUGGGACAGUCUUGCCCAAAGCCUGUUUUUGGUUUCUUUGCGUAAUAUAAGCACACUCAAGAGGAGAGCCUUCAAAAUCAAAAAACACAAGAAGAAAAAAAGAAAGAAAAAAUGGUCAAGGAUGGAUGCUAUACCUUGGAAGCCACCAUCAGAACACAAAAUAACAUACCAACUCCCAUGUAAAAUCAGAAGAAUCGUAAAGGAAAAAAGAAGGAGGAAGAAAGGAAAUAGAACUCUAAGGGCUCCAAGACAGCGCUGA